AUGUCCUCCCAUCUCUCCUCUUCGAUCUCCCUACAUUCCGAUGACUCCCAGGGGCCUCACACGACCGUUGCCUCGUCGCCCCCAAAACCGUCGAUCCCUUUAGCCUCCCCGGAGAACCGUUUCCACAGUCUGCCCUCCCACCGUCGUGCCAAUACUGAGUACAUCUCGCGACCCCCUAUCUUCGAGGAAGACCUCUACGAUCCAACCUCAUCCGACGGCUCGUCAAAACACUCUUUGGGCCCAUCACCCCUCUCUUGGACCGAUACCUUCCCCAAAAAGAAACUUGAAGCAAGAGCCAGGGUCCUGUCGGAUUGGUUCCAGGGCAGGUCAGAUCCAGUCAACUUGGGAAUCGCUCCGCGUACCAGCGGACUUGCCGACUCGGACGAAAUGGAUAAACCCCGUCUCACCAGCUUACACUCCUCCCACACCCGGUCAAACUCAGGCUUUACAUUCUUCGGCCUACGAAAACAAGCAGAGGAGAAACCGCUCCCUCCAGCUCCUGCCGACGACGAAUUCCUCAAUCUCGAUAUCGAUGCAGCCCUAUCGCUGCCCAACUCUGAUGUCGAUAACGAAGAUGCACUCGACAACCUCCGAGAACAAGCUAGCACCGUCUUGCGAGAGAUGCAAGAAGCCUACAAGGAAAGGACCUUUGCGAUGCACCAAGCCUUAGCCGCGAAGAACCAGAAGCAAGAGGAGCUCGAGGAAACCCGGGCACGAGCUGACCAUUUAAGGAUGCAGCUUGAUGGAAUGGCGGCCAAGGUCCUCGACCAGGAGAAAGCCAUGAAGGCCAUGGCCGAGGAACUGGAACAAGAAAGGCACAUGCGUCAACAGGAGGAGAGCCGUAGUCGCAGUCGUACGAUGCGCGCGAUUCCUCCUGACGAGGAGAUCCCAUCCCUCGUCCUCCAGACUCCUCAUCGCGGCAACAAGCGUGCAAGCCACGGUACCUUAACCAGCGACUCUGGCUUCGAGUCCGGAGACGAGAGUGUGGCCGACAGCGUAUUCUCACACAAGGAGGGCAUCGAGUCCCCUACAUCAACACUUACCGCGCCAUCUCCCAACCUGUCCCAGGUUGUUCUGUCCAAUCCAACCGUCACUCCUACCCCAACUCCCGCCAUCCAGAAGAAUCUUGUCAAGGUCACAAGCACACCCAACCCGGCGCGGUCGUCAGCUUACGACCGUGUGAUCAAGGGGAUUGCUUCGACGCGCUUGGGAAGCUCUUUUGUCGGCAGCACCGGCAACCCAAACCAAUGUGGCAACUGUCAUGGCGUGCCAGCUUCCGAGGCCUGGAGUGUCAUGGGUAUUCUCAAGGAUGAGAACCGAGGGCUGAAGACUCGAUUGGGCGAGCUUGAAUUGGUGAUUGAUGACUGCAUUGGUCUUGUUGGUCCUUGA